AUGGCGGAUCAAGCUGAACCUUCCUUCGAUGCGAUAUUCUCCUCCCAACAACCACCUCGUCGAUCAUCCACCUCAUCGUCAUUCAACGCUUAUGCCUUCCAUAACCCCUACCCAUCUGCCGAUCAACAUCAGAUGAAUCCCUCUCCUCUAGGUCACACUGGCGGACAGUUCGUCGACGAACCUCAACAGCUGAAUAGGAAGUCUAGCAAUGCCUCGAUAUCCUCCAGACCAGGGAAUAGGGAUGGAGCUUCGUCGUCAACUUCGGGGUCUGAUGUGAUGAUGAAAGGAUUUAAUCUAGAUGCGAAUGGGAAUGGUAGAAGACAGUCGUCACUAAGGAAAGAAUCGUUACCUUUCAAUCCUGAAGCUGACAGUACGAUAAUCGCGACUGCCCCCAGACAGGGUAACAAUAUUAGUCCAAAUCAUCAGAAUCUCACAUCUCCUCCAAUAGGUGAUAUCAUGUUCGGUGGAUCAGGUCAACGAUUAGAUAAUCAAAAUCAACAGCAGCCGCAGCAGCAACAACUGCAACAACCGUAUCAGCAACAUCAACAUGCACCGUGGACUGGAGAUAAUUUAGUACCGGCAGGAGGAAUCUUGCAACAGCAACAGCAGCAAGCACCUAUACAGUAUUCAUAUGUGCAGAAUAACCAACAGCAGCACAGUCCAUUCCCUUCUCCCAUACCUACCCCCUCUUCUGCGGGAUUAGAAUAUAUGACACCUGGAUCUGCCAAUUCACUCAACAAUCCAACGAUUUACGAUGGAUAUUCACCGUAUACCGAUCCAAAUCCCGCUCUCACACCUAACAAUCAAGCUAAUACGGGAGGAUGGGGACAGGAUUUCAUCAGUCAACCUGAAUCUUCGAAUGGGGGGUACUCUACUGGGUAUGGACUCGGUACGGGGAAUGAUAUGCAGGGAAGUGGGAUGGACGAUAUGAUGGGCAUGAAUGACCAGGAGGCUUUGAAUAAUGAGUUGCAGAGAAUUAUAUCCAACACGUCACAUCACAGCUCCGCUCAGCAGUCCAGAGAACCGUCACCCUAUCCUCAGACAGCUCAUACUCCGGACCCGAACUAUAGUCAGACAUAUCAGAAUCAGCCUGAGGCCAUGUCUGCCGGACCCUCUAGACAAGGUUCCUUCCCCACUUCCAGGUCGCCGAGUCCCUUCGCCCCUCCACAACAACACCAACACCAAUUCGACAUGACAGAUCUCACAUCUCCACCUUCAACUGGUCAAUUCCCAGUGACUGCUUCAUCUUCUCAGGGUAACUCACCUUUUCUCAACAAACCUCAGUCACCUCCUGCAUUAAUCAUACCCAAUCAGCAUAGUCCAUCUCCGGUUUUACCACCAAUCGUCACGACAGCUGUGGGUGGGCCAGGCGGAAAUGCACGAAGAGGGGUGCACGCACCAAGACAAGGUGAUUUAGGUGGUUCGGUGACCGGUGGUUUGUUGCCACCUGCCAAUCCAGCUCUGGAACAUCUAACGGGUAUGGCGGGUAUCAGUCCUAUCGCACCGAGUGCGGAUGGACCGAUGAUUUACAUUCAACCUAGUACUCCUAUCAGCGGGCUGAAAGAUGGUAGAGGACUGUUUGACGCUGCUCUCCGACGAGCUGGACAGAUGACUCAGCAAAACCAGAAUGGGCAACCAGGUCAAGGUGAACAGAAUCAAUCGCAACAAGGCUUCAACGUCCCUCCACCCCAGUCACACCCUCUCGCACGACCUGGAUCAUCCGAUCAGAUUGGACAAUCUGAUCAGUCAGGUAAUGCAGGCAAUAACGGAAUGGAUUUCGCUACAGCGAUGGCAUUUCAAGCUUCCCAAGGAUGGGGUCAAGAUAACUUGGGUGGACUGGGAACAGGUAUACAAAUUAGACCUCGAGCGAAAUCAGACUCGUUCAUGCCUUCCCCCACGGCUGAUUCGUUCGAUCGCCAGGCUCUGUUCAACUUUCUCAUGGGUACCAACCCUGAUAAUGUUUCUGGAAUGCAAGAUCAGCAACAGCAGCAGCAACAGCAAGGUGUAUCAGAUCAGUGGAGGAGUACGGUCAACGCUUGGCGCACGGGUAUCAACGAUAAUGAUCAAAAUAUCAGUUCUAAUUCGAAUACAACCUUAGAUCCCAGACUGUUACCCGGUCAGGAUAACAGCAUCACAACUCAAGAAGCAUUUGAACGGUUCUUGCUUCAGCAGCAACAGCAACAGCAACAGCAGAACCAAAAUACUGAUCCAGCAAGUCAGCAACAUCAAUUAAACCAAUUACAUGCCCAAAGAAAUCGAUUGCCUCCUCUAAAUACCAAUACUCAAGGUGAAGGGCAGGGCAAUGGAGUAUUCAAAUAUGCGCCUGGGGAAUUUUCACCUACUUCAAUGGCAUUUUAUCAAUCUAUCGGUUUAUACCCCCAUUCGGCCUCUGAAUUACCUGGAACCACCUCUGCUCCAUUCUAUACCACGACAUUCGGUAAUAUAUCAGGCGGUGCUGAAGGUAAUUUGCCCAAUACCGUCGGGCCCUCUCAAGCUUCCUUUUUACCUGCUCCGUCAAACUUGCAGCAACAUGGUAGAAGGAGAUCGUUCGGAGGUGAAGGUUCAAAUCAUCCCGCUGCUGGGGCUGGCACACCGGGCUACGGAGUUGAGUUCACCCAAAACACUCAAAAUCAUAGUUCGCCAUUUGGCCAAUUACGUCCCGGCUCGGUUAGAGGAGUGAGCGGAGGUGGACAUAGGAGAGCGGCUAAAUCUGAGGAUUUCGGAAGAGUAGGGACGGGUUGGGGUGUAGGUGCGGGUGGAUCUACAGCCGACUUCUUACAAAGUAUAACAGCCAAUGACGGAUCACUCUUACCUCCCAUGAACCGCGGUCGGUCAAUGUCCCAUUCACGUAAUUCCUCCGCAUCAUCUAUCAGAUCGGCUUCACCAGCUUUAUCAAUAAGUUCCCAGGGAUCCAAUUGGUCGAACAUGGAAAGAAUGGAAUUGCCCGAUGGUGUACAGUUGCCUACCACCGGUGAUCAGAUCCAACCGGUUAAACAAGUUCAAAUUCAAGGGAAGGGAAGAAAGAGGAUAGCAAAGAUGAAAGUCACGAGUGUGGCUACUGAGGUGGCGAGUACGAGUAGGAGGACGAAUAGCGGGGCGUUCAAAUGUCCUGUUCCUGGUUGUGGAAGUACGUUCACUAGGCAUUUCAAUCUGAAGGGACACUUGAGAUCGCAUAAUGAUGAGAGACCUUAUAAGUGUUUAUAUGAUGGAUGUCCCAAAUCAAUUGUCGGUUUCGCUCGUCAGCACGAUUGUAAGAGACAUAUGCUGUUGCAUGAAGGCCUAAGACCGUUUGAAUGUGAGGGUUGUGGAAAGAAGUUUGCCAGGUUGGAUGCGUUGACAAGACAUCACAAAUCCGAACAAGGUCAAGAAUGCGCCAUAACCCAUCCAUUACCAGUCAAUCCGGACGGUACUCCCAUGUCUGAAUCUCAAUAUAAGAUGUACAAGGGAGUCAAAGCUCCCCAACCUAAAACUAUAUCUUCUGGGGAUACACCUAAUCUCACCUCCGGGGGUGGUGGAAGGAGAAGAAGUAGUGGGGUGAAAUCUGAGUUUUUGAGUGGCGAUGAUAGGUCGGGAGGGGAAAGUGAUUUGGGAGGUGGGUUGAGUGGGAUGGAGGAAUAUGAUCGGUAUUAG